AUGGCCAACUUUGACACCUUUGUCCAAUACUUUACCAACACCACAGUGACAAUCCUGCAGGAUGGCAUCAUCAUCAACUGGAAAACAGGCCACAUCAGUGUGCACUGGAAGUUCUCAACAUACUUGAGCAAGACCAGUGUGCACCAGGUGGUCAACAACGCCUACCUGGGGAUCAUGUGUGAUGGCAAGUUUGUCCAGUGGAUGGAGUUUCUCAAUGGUCGUGUCAAGAUGAUGCAAGCUGCCAGGGUGCUCUCCUACAGCAAUGGCCCCAAUGGCAUCAUGAAGCCCUGGCCAGCUUUCAUUCCUGGCAAGGAAUCGAUGAAGUUGCCACCACUGGACCCAAUCAUGGUCACAUGA